AUGAAUGACGGCGGUUUGUGGGUCUGGACCCUCGAAGGCGAAAUAGAAAAACGCAAAGCGGAGAUUGAGAGCUACUGGGCACAAAAGAAGGGAGAAGUGGUCGUUUGCUCGGAAGCGAGUGGGACAGGCUCGUCAACCGCAAGUGAGCAUAAACCCAACAAAGAGGACCCCCACCCGGUGGACGACGUCCAAGAAUCUUCUGAAAUGCAGGCAACGGAUCCUGCGCGAUUAAAACCCGAAGCUAAAAUGACCGAUGGCUCGGGUAGACACAGAGACUCCAGCCAUAGCUGGAUGUUGAUGGUAGCCUCCCUAAUGGCGACCAUGGCCGAGGCGAUAACUGUUUUGCCGGAUGAUGAAAAUCAAGAAGGUCCAAAGCAUCCCGAAAGCGGAAGCAUCCCGAAAGCGGCAGCAUCUGAUCCCGCCUGA